GCUCUGGCAAGUCGUCUGCUCUUUCGGUGGCUUUGACAAGGUGACAAGUGGCAAGCUCUGGCGUGUCGUUGGGGACCAGUUCGACCCUCCCAAGUCAUGCACAACACUCUCCUGGUCCUUCCGGGGUUUCUACGAGAAGGCACUGCUGGAGUACGAGAAGCACGUGGGCGUGGACCCCAUGCUGGAGGGCACUCUCGCCAUCACCCCACGCACCGACGGCAAGCACCACCAGGAGGGGGGCAGUGGGCCACGUGGAGCCAAGCGAUUGGCUGCAGCCAAGACUGGGGCAGCUGAUGGGGAUCACACGGAUACUCCCAAGGAGCGCGGCACCCCAGGAUCAGGCCCAAAGCGCCACAGACGGACCCAGGAUGGAG